AUGUUGCGUAAGAUUACCAUUUCAAUCAAACAACUCGAAAAUACUCACACACUCCAGAUGGCAAUAGCAUAUAUGUUGAUAGCCUAUUUUUUCCAUGCUGUGUAGGCAACUUUUUAUAAGCGCGGUCAUUUCACUGUUGUCCCAUAAUUCAUGUUUAUCACUUCAUUUGUUUCCUUUAUAACUCUCUAUCUUGUACAACUUAAUUAAAAUAUGUAUCCAAGAGAAAAGAUGCCUCACAUUAUUAGAUCUCAAGUAGGCAUUGGUAUUGGAACAUUAUUCUAUUUUUAUGGAGUUAAAUUGAUCUCCUUAUCAGAAGCAGUUAUACUGUUCUGUACAAAUUCUAUUUGGAGCUAAAUAAUGGUUAGUAUAAUGAAUAAAGAAAGAAUAACUAAAUCAAGACUUUUUAAUUCAAUAUUAUGCAUUAUAGGUGUGAUUUUAAUUGCAAAUCCUUCACUCAAAUCAUAGGAUCAACUCUAGCAUGUAAUUGGAUGCUUGUGCAUCUUAGCUUGCAGCAUUAUUCAAUCUUAUGCUUUUAUUAUAAUGAAAUAAAUUGGUACUGAAAUUCCUUCCUCUGUUACUGUUACAUAUUUUCAUGUCAUCAUGCUCUUUCUGUCAAGUUUAUAAUAAUAAUAUGUAGCUACAUUUGAGUAUUUUGAAGAUUACUUUUUCUAUUCCUUAGGAUUUAGCAUCUUUACUCUUUUGGCCUAAGUGAUUAAAUUUAGAGCACAAACGAUGGUUACUUAUGAUAAGAUUUGCAAUUAUUCAUAUUCCUAAAUGAUUUACAUUAUCAUCAUAGACUUUUUAGUUUUUCGAACUGUUAUGAGUACACUUUGUAUUAUUGGAGCCUUAUGUAUAAUCACUGGGGUUUGUAAAUAAUUGAGAGAAGAUAGAAAAGUAAAAUGA